AUGCCCUCUAAUGUCCUCCUUCUUAAGAACAAAACCACGCCGAGUGACCCCUACGAGGCCCAGUUCCUCGAGGCUGGCUACACGCCGCACUUCAUCCCGUUGUUGGAGCACAUCCACUUGGAAAAGCGUCUGAUCGUGGAGUUCCUUCUCAGCGAUGUGUUCGCCCUGGCUGCUUCCUUCAUAAUUACUUCACAGAGGGCGGUUGAGUGCUUGAACGAAUGCAUGGACCUCAUACCGAAUACCGCUGCCAAGACCACGAUCCUCGACAAACCAGCGUUCACAGUGGGCCCUGCGACGUCUAGCAUCUUAAAAGCUGCUGGGUUUAGCCGUGUGUUAGGCGGGAUCGAUGCGGGAAACGGCUCUGUCUUGUCUGACAUCAUCAUAGACCAUGAAAUCUACCGAGGCGGAGCGGGGAAGAUUGUCUUCUUCACGGGGGAGAUCAGAAAGGACAUUAUCCCGCGAAAGUUGGCUGCCAGCGGAUUCAAUGUUUUGGAACGCGUCAUCUACAAGACCAUUCCCCGAGCCGACAUUGUGAGGAACUUCCAGGCGGCCUACUCGGAACAUAUCACCGAAGGAGAAACCACGCACUGGAUCAUCUUCUUCAGCCCUCAGGGUACAGAGUACAUCGUGGAGUAUUUGACCAACAUCGCCUUGCCAACAAACGUGAGACUCGCCUCCAUUGGACCCACCACUGAGGACUAUCUUGUGGAAAAGGGCCUCCCGCCACACAUCGUGGCUCCCAAACCCCAUGCCAGCGCCUUGGUCAAGUCGCUUGACUCAUAUAGAACCCAAUAG